UCUUCUGAUUUGUUUCCAACCAGAAAGUCUCUUCCUUUCACCAACACCACCCCCGGCCCCCGGUUCUUGAAGAAGCAUCUUGUCUCUGUUUCUAUGGGGAACUGCUUAGGCUCCUCUGCUAGAGUGGACACAGCACAGAGCUCCCGGGUCGGUUCAGGAAUCUCGAAAAACUCCAGCAAGACCAGCCGCUCCUCGGCCCGUUCCUCCCUCACCAUACCAUCUUACAGUGAGAAGAGCAAUGCCUCGAGUUUGAGCCUCCCCACCCCACGGUCGGAGGGUGAGAUCUUGUCCUCCCCGAACUUAAAGGCCUUCUCGUUCAAUGAGAUGAAGAAUGCCACGAGAAACUUCCGCCAAGACAGUCUUAUCGGGGAAGGCGGGUUCGGGUUUGUCUACAAAGGCUGGAUGGAUGAGAACACUCUCAUGCCUUCGAAGCCCGGGACGGGAAUGGUUGUGGCUGUGAAGAAACUUAAACCAGAAGGGUUUCAGGGCCACAAGGAGUGGUUGACUGAAGUGGAUUAUCUAGGGGAGCUUCAUCACCCAAAUCUCGUCAAACUGAUCGGGUAUUGCUUAGAGGGUGAGAACCGGCUCUUGGUUUAUGAAUAUAUGCCGAAAGGAAGCCUGGAGAAUCAUCUCUUCAGAAGAGGGCCUCAACCACUUCCAUGGGCUGUGAGGCUAAAAGUGGCAAUAGGAGCUGCCCGUGGGCUCUGUUUCUUGCAUGAUGCUAAUUCACCGGUCAUAUACCGCGAUUUCAAGGCUUCAAACAUCCUUUUAGAUGUGGAAUACAGUGCGAAACUGUCCGAUUUUGGUUUAGCAAAGGCAGGUCCCACUGGAGAUAGGACCCAUGUGUCCACACAAGUCAUGGGUACUCACGGGUAUGCUGCCCCUGAAUAUGUGGCUACAGGGCGGCUGUCGGCGAAGAGUGACGUCUACAGCUUCGGAGUGGUGUUGCUUGAACUGUUGUCCGGGCGACGGGCCCUGGACAAUACAAAAGUCGGGGUGGAGCAGAACCUUGUGGAAUGGGCGAAACCUUACUUGGGGGAUAAGCGGAAAGUAUUCCGGAUCAUGGACACCAAACUGGAAGGCCAGUACCCCCAGAAGGGAGCCCAUGCUGCCGCUACCCUUGCAGUCCGGUGCCUAAACAUGGAUGCUAAAUCUCGACCCAAGAUGUCCGAGGUCCUAGCGACAUUGGAACAGCUUGAGAAUUCCAAGGACGGGACCCGGCAUUCCCCACCGGAGCAGCAAGGUCUCCAGAGAACCACAAUGAAGUCCCCGCUGAGACAUGCAAGAUCUCCCAUGAACAUGACGCCUUGUGCAUCCCCGUUGCCGUCUCACCAGCAUUCGGUGCCGGUCCACUAAAGAGGGUGGAGUGGGGUUCGGUUUCUCGACGGUAAAUUUUGGGGUCUACGGUUUAUAUGUAUUGUUAUUGUUGUUGAUGAUGAUGAAUAGAAGUGGGGGGAGGGUUGGGAGGAGGGAUGAAUCAUAUAUUUCAACCGAUUGUGAAGAUCAACAACUUGUGAUAUUUUACGAGUCUCUUGGAAUAGAUGGGUUUGUAGUUAAUCAUCGAUUGGUAGGGUAUAGCUGAUGCCUGGUUGCUUGGAUUGGGACGACAAGACUACCGCACUUGAACAUUAGCACUAUCCAUAUUAUGUCCUAUGGGUUUGAGUCCUACAGGUAUAAGGAACGGUUUAUAAGGCAAAAGAAGCGGUUUCUAUGGGUCUGUACUCUUAUAAAGAAGACGGGCAAUUAUUAGGUGAGUGCUACAUAAAUUUGAAAUCUAUAUAGCAAUUUCUUUGAGAAAAAAA